CCGGAAGCGGGAGGCUAGCUCCAGCUGAGCGGACGGUUCCGGAGGAGGGAGCGCGGUGUCCCCGGCUCGCUCCGCCGCGCGCCCCGCCCCUCAGAGGCCGGCCUCCGGCGCGCCACCCUCUGCCGGCGGUGCCGGCGGGUCCCGAGCGCUCCGGCCGCCGCCCCACCCCGGCCCAGCCGCCUCCACUACGGCCCUCGUCUGUGCUGGAGGGAAGAGCUGCCUGGGGGAGGAGGGAAAGGGACGCGGGGGCGGCCACUGCAGGGUUAACCUCCAUUUCAGCUAAUCAUGGGAGAGAUUAAAGUCUCUCCUGAUUAUAACUGGUUUAGAAGUACAGUUCCCCUUAAAAAGAUUAUCGUAGAUGAUGAUGACAGUAAGAUAUGGUCGCUGUAUGAUGCGGGCCCCAGAAGCAUCAGGUGUCCCCUCAUAUUUCUCCCCCCUGUCAGUGGAACUGCAGAUGUAUUUUUCCGGCAGAUUUUGGCCUUGACUGGAUGGGGCUACCGUGUUAUAGCUUUGCAGUAUCCAGUUUACUGGGACCAUCUUGAAUUCUGUGAUGGAUUCAGAAAACUUUUAGAUCAUUUACAAUUGGAUAAAGUUCAUCUUUUUGGGGCUUCUUUGGGAGGCUUUUUGGCCCAGAAAUUUGCAGAAUACACUCACAAAUCUCCUAGAGUUCAUUCCCUCAUCCUCUGCAAUUCCUUCAGUGAUACUUCUAUCUUUAACCAAACUUGGACUGCAAACAGCUUUUGGCUAAUGCCAGCAUUUAUGCUCAAAAAAAUAGUUCUUGGAAACUUCUCAUCUGGCCCAGUGGAUCCUGUAAUGGCUGAUGCCAUUGAUUUCAUGGUGGACAGGUUGGAAAGUUUGGGUCAGAGUGAACUGGCUUCGAGACUUACCCUGAAUUGUCAAAAUUCUUAUGUGGAACCUCAUAAAAUCCGGGACAUCCCUGUAACCAUUAUGGAUGUGUUUGACCAGAGUGCACUUUCAACUGAAGCUAAAGAAGAAAUGUACAAGCUGUAUCCCAAUGCCCGAAGAGCUCACCUUAAAACCGGAGGCAAUUUCCCAUACCUGUGCAGAAGUGCGGAAGUGAAUCUUUAUGUUCAGAUACAUUUGCUGCAAUUCCAUGGAACCAAAUACGCAGCUAUUGACCCAUCAAUGGUCAGUGCCGAGGAGCUUGAGGUACAGAAAGGCACCCUCAGCGUCAGCCAGGAGGAGCAGUAGUGGUUUUCGCUGUCCAUGAUGAGUUGAUCCCAGUGCGUUCUUAUAUAAUCAGUGAUGUCAGUGCCUGCCAGUGGCCUCUGCCUUCAGAUUCGUCAGGCUCACCGGUUCUCACUGUGUUUUGGAAGCAGGACUUUGGUCCUCUUCAUGACAGGCGACAGCCCCUGUAAGCCAAUAUGACUGUUCUCUCUUCCGUUUUUUUUUUUAGCUUUUGGAUUUGAAUAAGUACUUUUGAAGACUCCCAUUUUAAGAACUGUGCAACUUUUGCUACCAAAAGUCUUCACUGCUGUGUUCUCAAUUGAACAUUAAUUUCUGAGGUUUGGGAUUUUGUGGUGGUUUUUUCCCCCUCUUUUCUUUCCUUUUCCUUUCUUCCUCCUUUCUUUGUAUGUUAUUUGCUGUAAAUGCUGCAUAUCCAGAUUGUAUAUACCGAGGACACUGGUUAUUUUUAUGCUUUCUUGGGCAUAACUAUUAUCAGAGUGCCACAGCUAGCACCCCACUGUUUGCUCUCCCAUAAAUCAACUACUUUUAAUUUCCAAUUAAGCAGAUUGUUUUAAGUGUUAGUGCUUGUCUAGUUUCUAGAUAUUACAGUUAUUUGGAAUAAAAAUUCAAUUUCA